CUAAACCAAACCAUUUUACAAUUUCCAAUCUUCCCCUUUUGGUGUUGAAACCUCUUCAACUAACUCAAACUCAACCCUUUUCAAACUCAUCAUCUUACUCAUGUUCAUAUCUUCCCAAUCAUAAACCCCCACCCCCCCUCAAAACACUUUCCAACCAUGAGUCAAAAACACCUACACGAGUUACUCAAAGAAGACCAAGAACCAUUCCACCUCAAAAACUACAUCGCCGACCGCCGUUCCCAGCUCAAACCCACCACCACCGUCGCCGGAAAAUCAUCUCUAAACAUCAAAAAACACAAACCCAUCAUCAAACCCAACUUCUGCAUCAACCACGUCUGUCUUUUCUCCCUCCAAGACUCCCCAGAUUAUAAAAAAUCACCAUUUCUUGAUUUUCCGGCGAGUUUUCCGGCGAGGGAGUUGAAUAACAAGAGCCCAUGUAACAAUGCCGCCGCCGCCGGAAUGUUUCAUAUUCCGGCGAAGACCGCCGCCAUGCUGGUGGAAGCAGCCGGGCGGGUCCAGAAACCCAAACCCGAGUCUAAACAAAUCGGGUUGGGGUUGUUUGGAUCUUUUCUCCGGCGGUUGAAAGACCGGAGUACAAAAGUAAGAAACCGUGGCAUUGGACCGGUUAGUGAAAAUAAUGUGAAGGGUAAAUUUGAUCAGAAAAGAUUGUCUCGAUCGUGUAAUGGUAGCAUGGUUAGUAGUGGUGAGUGGUGGGAGAAGUCAUCGGAGUUGGAGACUUCAUGUAGUUCAAGAUCGGUUCAUGAGUUUGAACUUGAAGAUGUUGUUGAGUGUUUUUGUUCGAAUCCUUCUAGCCCUUUUCGGUUUUCGCUUCAACGAAGCCCGUCGCUGACUCGCCCGGGACCCGAGUUCUCGUCGCCGGUGUCGUCUCCGAGCUGCCAUUUUAAACAGGACAAAGAAAGUUGCGAAGUAGAGUGUCCUCAAGAAACUAAUCGGCAAAAGAACGAAGAAGAAAAAGAACAAUGUAGUCCAGUUUCAGUCCUUGACAUUUUGUUUGAUGAUGAAGAGGAGGAAGAGCGUGAUGCCGGGGUCACAGAGGAGGACUAUGAUAUCGAAUGCUGUUAUCAGAGUGUACAAAGUGCAAAACAUCAACUAUUACAAAAGCUUCAAAGGUUCGAGAGGCUUGCGGGGUUAGAUCCGAUCAAACUUGAAAAUCACAUGCUAGAACAAUGUUGCAGUGAAGACGAGGAUGUUUUAGUUAUUGGAGAAGAGGUGACGAACGAAAAGCUUUUUAGGGAGAUAGUGAACCAUCUCGGGGUUGGGAAAAUCCCUUGGUACAUGAAGAAACUCGUGUUUGACCUCAUUGAAGAAGAAAACAAGAAUGAAGAACAUCACGUGAUUGUGCAAAGGGUAUGCAAGCGGAUGCACUCGUGGAAAGUGGUUGAACUGAAUACAAUCGAUAUGAUGGUAGAAACGGACUUCAGAAAUGAAGGGUGGAAGAGACGCGACGAAGAGACGAUUGACGAUACGGUGAUGGAUAUAGAAUGGGCCAUUUUUGGGUUCUUGGUGGAAGAAUUGGCUCAAUAACUUAAUAAUAAGUCUAGUGAUGCACCCUUUAGAAAAUAAUCAAUAAGUCUAUCAUUAAAUUUAUUUUAUUAUCUUUUAAAUCAUAUAAUUAACUUAUAGGUAUGAAAUGGUGAUGUGAUGUUCCUUUACCUAUAAGUCAAUUAUAUGUCACAAAUGAGAAAUAAAGAUCUUAAUGAGUAAGUAUAUUUUGUUCUA